UCGACUUUGCAGCCCUGCAGUCUCCCGUGCACCUAUGAAGCCUUGGAGUAAAAGCUGCCAGCCCCUCAAUUUGAUUCACUUCCUGUAGUCAGACUCCCUUCCCAAAAGUGGAGAGAGGGGGAAACGGGGGAAAGGAAGAACUCUUUUUCUGUGCUAAAUAAGGCUCUCUGAGGAGCAGCAAGCGACUCCUCGCCUCUGCAUAGCUCCAUAACUUGUCUAGUUUGUGUCAGUGGCGGGCAGAUCGUCGCUCACAGCAGCGUUUCAGAGACAGAAACAUUUAAUACAAAAAUAACUGCGCGCCAGUUCCACCCGAGUCAAUGCACGGUACGGAUGGUACAGAUUUUGACGCCCAUCGCCGAGUCUUCUCCUGAUUCCACGCACCGAGUUUGGAGACACUGUACGCUGUGAGACCUUUCAUGUACUGGAAAAAUGAAGUUUUGUCCCCUCUUUCAGAGGGAAAUAAGAUUCUGUCCGAAGGAAUUCCCACGAAGCAGGACCACUUUAUAUAGGAGUAGCCCUGAAGAGCUGUCUGCAAAUGUCUCCCGAGGAUUUCUCAGCUGAGGAUGAGACGGGGAAAGUGAUGAAGACUUUCCUGCACGUUGUCUUGUAGGUGAUCUCUACCGAGCAUCAGAGUACACCGGGAGCCUCGCGCUGCAGUGUGGACUCUAAACACGCGCCAAUGUCUCACUCGGACGGAGAAUCCCAGCGGUCCAACAUGGAGCGGGAGGACACUCGCUCGUCCCCCAGCACGCCGUCCACCCCUUCCGUGUGCUCGCCGACCUCCACCACCAGCUCGGUGCCUUCCACCGGGAAGAACAUGUGCGCCAGCUGCGGUCAGGAGAUCCUGGACAGAUACUUGCUGAAGGUGAACAACCUGAUCUGGCACGUGCGCUGUCUGGAGUGUUCUGUCUGCAGGACGUCGCUACGUCAGCACAGCAGCUGCUACAUCAAAAACAAAGAGAUCUUCUGUAAAAUGGAUUAUUUCAGUAGGUUUGGUACUAAGUGUGCCCGCUGUGGGCGGCAGAUAUACGCCAGCGACUGGGUGCGGCGCGCGAGGGGAAACGCAUACCACUUGGCAUGUUUUGCGUGCUACUCGUGUAAGAGGCAGUUGUCCACGGGAGAGGAGUUUGGCUUGGUGGAGGAGAAGGUCCUGUGCAGGAUCCACUACGACACCAUGGUGGAGAACCUCAAACGAGCAGCUGAGAGUGGCAAUGGUAUCACAUUAGAAGGAGCAGUUCCAACAGAACAAGACAGUCAACCCAAACCGGCCAAAAGGGCACGGACAUCUUUCACUGCAGAACAGCUACAGAUCAUGCAGGCUCAGUUUGCCCAGGACAACAACCCAGAUGCCCAGACACUACAGAAACUAGCCGACAUGACAGGCCUCAGCAGGAGAGUUAUACAGGUGUGGUUUCAAAACUGCAGAGCAAGACACAAAAAGCACACGCCCCAGCACAGUGGGGCUCCCCCAGGUCAUCCCCAGUCCAGGAUACCCUCGUCCCUGCCCGAUGAGCUGCAUUACUCCCCCUUCGGCAGUCCUGAGCGGGCACGCAUGGUGGCCCUUCACGGGUAUAUCGACAGUCAUCCCUUCUCCGUGCUGACCUCUCAGAGUCUCCCUCACCAGGCCAUGUCGCUGCCACAGCUCCCCCUCAGCCGCUAGCGCUCCACCACUAUGACCCCCAUGACCCCUAAACCUCCGAAUCCUAACCCUUGAUCUCCCAUCGCUGACGUCUACAGACCUGACCCGGAGGUCGCGCAGGAGUCAGCUCGGAGAAAAGACACAUCUUACAGGAGCCCUGCCCACUCGGAAACAGAAAGAGAAAUGGAAGAACGAGGGAAAGCUACAUCUGUCAUUAUGUUUUUUCUGAGGACAGGAAUAUCCCACCUGCAGCCACUCUGUCAAAAACAAUUGUGAAGCAUUUAUCAUUAGCGGGAGCUCACUGACUGUAUUUUACACCACCUAAAGGACCCAUUCUGCUUCACAUGUACAGCAUCCUCCAGUCUUCCCAUCAACCAUCUGACUUGAAAGGUGGAGGGAAUUUUAAGGGGAUGAAGCUGACCGAGGAAGCAGGAGUGAGUGCUGUCAGAAUACUGAAGAUAAACAAAGAGGGGAAAAAUAAGGGGGAACUGUCAUUGUGGCCCACGGGGCCCCGCACACACAGUAGACCACAUUAGAGGUAAGACUCCUCACUCUUUUCUCUCUGAGCAACCAUGAUGGAAACAUACAUGUAAAUUAAAUAAGUUGACUGUUGAAAUAUUUUCGUUAGGACUGACAUAAGUAAAAACUGAAACUUCUUAGUCACAUUUUGGGUCAUUUUCCACUCUAAUGAGGUGUAGAAUUAGAUUUUUGUUAAAGAAUGAACAUAUAGUGUGCCUUAUCUUUUCCAUUAUUAGAAGAUACUUCACAGCAGUGAAUCCGAUCAUUAAAAUUCCAGCCAGAUUUUCGUGUUUUUUUUUUUAAAUUUUAUUGUGUAGAACAAAUUAUUUUAAAUCUUCCAUCAGCAGUUUAUCAUGAAGGAAAACCACAGAGCACAUUGUCUGGGUUUGUGUGUUAUUAAAUUAUGGGUGUAACAUUAGAAGCAGGAGCGAACAGAUUUUAAGCCGUCACAAUCCUGUUACAUUUCUUUAAUCUGACAGAGAGAGGUCUGAGAUGAGCAUAAAUGUUCCUACAGAAUCUGUUAUUAUUUUCAUAUUCCCAAACAAGUAAUACACUAAUUUAUAAUUUCUAAGGUUGCUUGUUCAGCUUCUGUGUGUUUCGCACAAAGAGGGAAAAUGAGUGUUGGUGUUUUGGUACAAUAUGGACAAUAUGAAACAGACUGGAGUUGUACAUAGUAAGACAUAUGUGUGUGCGUGUGUGUGUGUGUGCGUGCGUGUGUGUGUGUGUGUGUAUUGGCAGGGGUAGAGAGUGUGCAUCUGUAUUUUUAUGUGCCAUGGCCAUUGUGUGAAGAACAGGAUCCAACAAGACCUCAAUGUCCUUGUAUUUAUUGAGACGGUAAAUCCCUGUAAAGCACUUUUCCCCCCCCUCUGAAAUUGUUUUGUUUUGUUAAAAAAACACGAAAUGAAAGCAAACAAAAAAGUUUAUUUGAUAGACUGUGCAUCAUAAAUGUUUUGUGUACUAAAAUGCAAUAAAAUAGAAUGUGAUAUUUUUGUGGUUUUUGGAUCAUUUGUGAGGAUAAAUUAACGAAGCAAUAAUAAUUUUUCCAAACGUCAAAUUAGGCUCAACUGGACAGGAUUUUGCAGAUGACAAACGUACAAAUAAAAUAAAUGAAUAUGAAGUAAUUGUAUGUUCUAUGUGUUUUAUAAUUGUGCAUGAUGUUUAGUGCUUUGUUUGUGGGUGCAUGUAUUUCCU